AUGAUUGACGUACACGCUCAUCUUAACCACCUUAACUUUUCUCCUGAAGUGUGUGACAGAAUCAUUGAUAACGCGAAGAAGGCUGGAUACAGUGGAUACAUCUAUCCAGCCCUAGGCUUACAUCCCGUCCAAACCAUGAUGGACAAGACGGAACGUUCAGUCAACCUUGACGAUUAUGAUCAGUGGGAGCCUACGCUCAAAAAGGCGAUUACAGACAAAACUAUUUGUUGUGUAGGAGAAGUGGGCUUAGAUUUUUCUCCUCACAUCAUUCGCAAUAACGAACGCAACAACCCCAGCUUGUCAGAAGAUGAAUUAAAAGAUAUUCAACGGGAAGUUUUUCGAAGACAAAUCAAUUUGGCAGUCGCCGCUGACUUGCCCGUGAAUGUUCAUUCAAGAUCAGCUGGGCAUCAUGCGCUCACAGUGUUGCGCGAAUGCAAUGCAAAACGGGUCAUCAUGCACGCAUUCGACGGAAAACCGUCGUAUGCGAAACAGGCUGUAACUGCUGGGUAUCAUUUUUCUGUGCCGCCUUCCGUUGUACGAUCACCACAAAAACAAGCUCUUGUUGCUGCAGUGCCUCUGAGUCAUCUGUUAUUGGAAUCUGACAGUCCAGCUUUGGGGCCAGAAAAAGGUGUAGACAACGAACCCGCGAAUAUUAUAUUGGCUGCCGAAGAAAUCGCUCGUAUCAAGCAGAUCUCUGUCGAUGAAGUAGUAGGUUUUCCGGGUAUUUUUGUACCAUGA